AUGGAUAGCAGGGAGGAAAAGCAUUUGAACAUCGCACUUCAGAUUAGCAGUUUCAGGGCAGCCUUGAAGGAGUUUGAAAAAUUGGCUGAACGUGUAGCGGCCCAAAAAAGAGAUGAAAGAGCAGGCUUGUUUAUCCAAAAGGAAGAUGCAAUUGAUUAUGACAAGUUUUAUGCGACAGUACAGGAACUCUUCGGUCCAGAAGUGAAGAAUCAAGAUGCGAAAUGCUUUUACAGGAAACUCUGCAACAACCUCGAUGCCUCUAUAGACUGGUGUGAGAUUUUUGGAUACUUCUCCUCUGAAGAAGAUUCUCUUGCUUCCCAGAUGGAUGAAGAAAGUUUGGUUUUCCUUGUUUCUAGAAAACAGCGAAUUACAAUUUCAGGCAGUAGAAGACGGGAUGUGAUUAAGUGCAUCGUCAAGAUUCCUCAGUUGGAUUUAAUAAUAACAGCUUCUCAGAAAGGAUUAAUAACAGUCUUCAACAGCCAGAUGAGAGUUCAGACUAGCACCAAUGUUACCGACACCUCCUGGAUUACAGGAUGUGAUUACCUCUCACAGCUGAAACGAAUUGUCGCCACUACAGAAAGGACCAUUAUCGUCUGGGAUUACAAAGCUCAAGGGAGCAGCCAGGAAAACUAUUUUGUCAUCAAGCCUAUGGAUCACUGCCUCCUCUGCGUGUGCACAGUGUCCCUGCCCGACCAACUCUGCCGAGACGACAUCCUCUUAGGGGAUGAUGGAGGUUUCGUGAACAAAUUCACAGUAAAUAGUGACGACUUUGGACUGAAGCAGGCAAAAUCCAAAAAGAAAUUACAAACUCAGGUCCUGGACUCAAAGAACUUUAAAAGCGUUAAGAGGAAGCUACAUAAUGACUGGGUUAUGAAAAUUAGAUACAUUUCAGCCCUAAAUUGCUUUGGAUCUUGCUCCUUAGACAGUGCUCAUUCACUAGUUUUGGAUUCCUUGAAGAGACUUGAGGAUAAUUUGCCUGUCAGAGAGUUUGCCAUGCCAAGAGGAGCCAACACUUUUUGUUACUGUAUAAAAGCAAAUGUGAUUGUCACUGGAGGGGAUGACAAGGUGCUGCGGUUGUGGCACCCCAGUAUCAGCACCAAGCCAGUGGGGAAGCUUGUGGGGCACAUGUUCAGCAUCACCGAGAUUGUGACAAAUGAGAAAGAUCAGCACGUCAUUAGCCUUUCCUCUGCAAAGGUUUUCAGGGUGUGGGACAUACAGACUCUGUCACUAUUACAAGUCUUCCACGACAGCCAGGGAGGACCAGGAGACAUGCAGAUUUAUUCCAUGAUAUUUGAUUCCAAUCACGGCAUGCUUGUUACAGGAUCUAGUGUAGUGGACAUGUAUCCUUUGACUAGGAUGAUACAAGACACAAAACAGAUUCCUCACACUCACGAACGAGAAAUCAAUGUCAUGCUUUACAACAAAUAUUUUCACCAAGUGCUAACUAUCUGCUCUGAAUCCAUAAUUAAGGUAUGGGAACUUGAGACUGGCCUCCAAAUAUACCAGAUUUUAGACCCUCAUGGAUUCAACGUUGAACUGACUUCUGCAGCUAUUGAUGAGACUGGAUUUCUUUUUGCCACAGGAGCAUAUAAUGGAACGGUUAAAAUCUGGGACUUCGGCAGCGGGCAAGAGAUGAAAGUGUUGCCAGAAGGAAAGGACUGGAAGGAGGAGGAGCACUGGCUGCAUCGCCUGGUUUUCCUGAAAGCUCAGGAGAAGCAUCAGUAUCUGAUCCUCGCCCUGGAGCGCAACGGGAAGAUCAAAAUGCUCCAGGGUAAGGAAGAUGACGUUUGCCUUGUGGUGAUCUGGGAGCUGCCGGAUGUCGUGCCUGUCCUACAAUCCGGGAGCCGCGUUGUGCAUGUGAGGACAUCUACUAAAGACAGGAGCAUGGCUAUUCCCUUUCCAGAUGUCGAGCUGAUGGUUGAGAAACACUCUUCUCAACAUGUUACGAAUCCCGCCAUCAGUGUAGAAGUGAACUGCAUUGAUUUACUACAAGUAGAAGGAUAUAAUUUGAUAGCUGCUGGAACCCUAAAUGGCAUGAUCAUCUUAUGGAAUUUUGUAACAUCUACUGUCAAAGAAGUGUACAGACCUGAAGACUGCUUCACUGUGGGUGCUGAUUUGGAUCCAAAACGCUUUAGAAUUAAUGACAUCCUGUUCCUCUUUCGUAGCCCUGAAUGUGCAAGAAGGUCAAGUCAGGAUUCCAUAUGCUCUUCGUCCCACUGUGAUUCCAGUCGGGGUCCACAGAGUAGUAAGGGAAGCAAACAGAGCAUCCAUGAGAGCGAGGUCAAAGGUGAGCAAACAGAUGUCACAGCGCGAGAGCAACACCCAGUGGACAAAAAACGGCCUGGGGGCACCAAUCUAACAGAUGCCCAGCCACCUAUUCUUGUCACUGCGCAUGAGGAUGGACACCUCCGCCUGUGGACCAUUGAGGGAAAACUACUGAAAGAUAUGCUUCCUUUCACAAAACAUUCCGCCAUUUCUCUGACAUCGCUGUACACUGAUUCCUGUGCCAGGAUACUCCUGACUGGAAAUAUGGAAGGACAUGUUAUCCUGUGCAGUAUUAGCUCCUUCCUGGAUCCACCUCAUGAUGAAAAGAAAUUCAAGCAGGUCCUCGCCUGGCGUGCUCAUUCUCUGGAAAUUAUUCAAGUGAUCUAUGUAGAAGACAAACAAGUGGUGCUCACUGCCUCCAUCGACGGCUCAGUAAGGCUCUGGCAUGCACUCAAUGGUCAUUACUGUGGAUAUUUUGGACAGCGAAGAAUGUUUGAAAUAUCACAGACAAGUGAUUUCAUUUUGCCUUGUGAUGUUAAUGAAUAUCCCAUAGAAAUAAAAGAAGAAAGCAAGUUCACAGAGAAGAAGCAAAAGUAUGAAUAUCCUCUGGUAUUUGACAAGCAAAGAUGGAAAAAAAUGAGCUCAAUGUCUUUGCUUUUCAAACGUACACCUCCCAAGACCUUUGAAGUGGAACAUGAUUUUAAGUUUUUCAAGUCUCUUUCUUCUCCCAAGAUUCAACGACGUGCUUUGGAAGGUUUCAUGACUGAAAACAGGGAGGCAGGGAUUGUUUUUGGUUCUCUGCCUAUAUACAAGGUACCAAGCCCCACCAGUCUAAAAUUCCUUCCACUCAUCGAGUCAGAACCUCAAAGGGAGUCUCCAGAUGGCAUUCCAGGAAAGAAGAAGGGAGGUCAUGUUCAACAUGAAAAAUCACCACGGAGGAGAAGUCUGAAAAGAAAUUUAAUCCCGCAAAUAAAUCUGGCUUCUUCCUUCUUCCCAGCCAUCCCCAGAUGAAGAGAGAAAAG